GCACAGGGACAGGUUACCGCACCAAUAAGAACUGUCCCCCCCCCCUCCCUUUAUAGUUUUUAAAACGUUAUCUAUGAUCAAAUGCAAAAGGAGUUUCUGCAGCAUUUAGAAACAAUUUCCUCGAGAAAUGGCCAUCUUUUUCGUGAAUUGUAUUAUUGCCUGUAUCUGUGGGAUAAGUCUAGCCAAUGUGAGUUCAAAUGAGAAGAUUUACUCAGAUAACAUCACUCGCAUUCUGGAUCGACUUUUGGAUGGUUAUGACAAUAGACUACGACCUGGAUCUGGAGGUGGCGUUACUGAGGUGAAAACAGACAUCUUUGUCACAAGUUUUGGACCUGUGUCAGAUGUUGAGAUGGAAUACACCACAGACAUGUUCUUUCGACAAAUGUGGGUUGAUGAGCGGCUGAAAUUUGUGGGUCCUAUUGAAAUCCUGCGUCUGAACAACCUCAUGGUUGACAAGAUCUGGACCCCAGACACCUUCUUCCGAAACUCCAAAAAGUCAAUUUCCCACAACAUGACCACACCUAACAAGCUUUUCCGUAUUAUGCAAAAUGGGACUGUCCUUUACACAAUGAGACUGACAAUAAGUACAGAGUGUCCAAUGAAUCUUAUGGACUUCCCCAUGGAUGGCCAUGCUUGUCCUCUCAGGUUUGGAAGCUAUGCCUAUACCAGCAGUGAAAUCGUUUUCACUUGGAGGAAGGGGCUGAUAAAGUCUGUCGACUGUCCCAAAGAGUCCAUGAGCCUUUUGCAGUACGAUCUGGUGGGGCAGACACUGUCGAAUGAGAUUUUCAAGUCAAACACAGGUCAGUACUCUGUGCAGGUGGUCCAUUUCCACCUCCAGAGGAAGCUGGGAUACUACCUCAUUCAGACAUACAUUCCACUUAUCAUGGUUGUCGUGCUGUCGCAAGUCUCUUUCUGGAUCAAUAAGGAGUCUGUCCCUGCACGUACAGUCGCCGGCAUCACCACAGUGCUAACAAUGACUACCUUGAGCAUCAGCGCCCGCCAGUCGCUCCCCAAAGUGGCCUACGCCACAGCCAUGGAUUGGUUCAUCGCCGUGUGUUUCGCCUUCGUGGCUUCAGCACUCGUCGAGUUUGCAGCAGUCAACUACCUUGCCACGCUGCAGGCCAACCGCCUGAAGAAGACAAAAGCUCGACAAGACAAGCUAGAGGUUUUGGCUACCGCGAGUGACGAUGACGACCCAGUUUUGGAGUCCAACAUCAGCAGUCAAGAAGGCCUGAAGAGGAGAAACCACUCGGUGUGUCCCAGUGAACCAGUCGAAGCUCCACCUGUGCCAAUAUUCCUCCAGCAGGGCUCGGCUUUCCCCCAAAUCCCACAGCUGGCCGGCACCAGCCCCAUCGACAAGUACGCCCGCAUUCUCUUCCCCUUGACAUUUGGCCUCUUCAACCUUGUCUACUGGUACAUCUACCUGGGCAAGGACACCAUGGAGACAGCCAGGGACGUGGAUCCAACCUCCUAAAAGCGAGAGGACCAGGAAAAGGGCACGUGCAGAGCGAGAGACCACCCUCCCCCUUCCCCUCUCUCUCUCUCUCCCUCUCUCGCUCUCUGAAGCGCUCAGCAUUUGUUCUCCUCUCAUCUGACAGAGGAAAUGAAUCAGAAACUCAUUUAUUCUGCUGCCGCACAUUCAUUCAUUUCGCAGGCUGUGACCGCGGCCCGCUUGUGUUCUGAUCAGUAGGCUGACGAACUGCCCUUCACGGGCCUCGAACGCUUUCAAGCCCGCCGACCUCGCAAACCAGACAGCGACAGCUGACAACGGAACGAGUGGUACCGCGGGAACCGCACAAGACACAUGAAAAAGAAAGCGGACGAUAUCAUCUAUGAUGGCUGCACCUGCUGGUGAUGCAAGAGUGAACCAAUGCUUUCAGAAGGCUGCCCUCUAUAGAGGCACAGCCCCCACUGCAAGCACAUCAAAGUCAACUUCCCUCUCUAUGUCGCCAAAAUGUGCUCAAAGCUGAGAGAAUGCAUGCUGGGGGUGGGCUUUGCAUCCCACCUUUGUCCACACAUGUCGCUGUGGGGUUCAUUUCUCAACUGUGGGCACACACACACACACACACACACCCACAGUGGGAGGAAAAAGUAUAUGAAGUCUUUGGAAUUUCUUGUAUUUCUGCAUAAAUUGGUCAUAAAA